GCAUGUAAAUCAUUGUUCAAAUUCAUUGUAUUUGUCGAUGGAUUAAUUAAAUAUCUUUUUGCUAUAAAAUAAAAUUUUAUCUUUUAACCAAAAAAAAUAAAAAAAAUAAAAAAAAAUAAAAUUUUAUCUAUAUAAACCAUUACAUAGAUGUCCAUCCCAAUACGGACAUGCGCUGAACACAACAAACGAUUCUUUUUAAGAGAAUCUCUCUCUCUCUAUUCUCUCCACUUCUCUCUCUGUGGAUCGAUGGCAGCUUCGGUUGAUCCUUUGGUGGUUGGAAGAGUGAUCGGAGAUGUGUUGGACAUGUUCAUCCCCACCGCCAACAUGUCUGUCUACUUUGGCCCCAAACACAUAACUAACGGCUGCGAGAUCAAACCCUCUGCCGCAGUCAACCCUCCAAAAGUCAACAUCUCCGGCAACUCCAAUGAGCUUUACACUCUCGUGAUGACUGACCCGGACGCACCUAGCCCGAGUGAGCCGAACAUGAGAGAAUGGGUCCAUUGGAUUGUCGUGGAUAUCCCGGGAGGCACCAACCCCUCAAAAGGAAAGGAGAUACUGCCAUAUAUGGAGCCGAGACCACCGGUGGGGAUUCACCGUUACAUAUUUGUACUUUUCAGGCAGAACUCACCGGUGGGUAUGAUGGUGCAGCAGCCGCCUUCGCGAGCCAACUUCAGCACCCGAAUGUUCGCUGGACAUCUCGAUCUUGGUUUGCCUGUGGCCACAGUUUACUUCAACGCCCAGAAAGAGCCAGCUUCACGCAGACGCUGAUGCACGCAACCAAAAUAAAAGAGAGAGCCUUUUCCGGUUUUACCUAAAAACCGGACCGGAAAGAAAUAUGGGGUUUAUAUAUCAAACCAUAUUUUGUAUCAUCCGGUUCUCGACUAUAUAUAUGUGUAGAUGCAUAUACAAUUAUACAAAUAUGUUUAUGUUUGUGUGUUAUAUUAAGUGGCUUGCGUAUAAUAUAUGGUUUUCGUUUUCUUUUAUCUUUAAAUAAACUAAAAAAUAAAGGUAUGUAUCAAAUUAUAAAGAAACAAGAAGAGAGGAUAAACAAAAAAAAUGAAAAUUCUAGUAUACUGCCUUAUUAAAAAAAAAAAAUACUAUUAGUUCUUAAACCGAAAUUCAGAAAUAUAAAUGUCGGUUACAAAUUUGAUUCGAACAAAAUGAACCAUUUCCCGUUUAAAUAAACUAGUUUCAACCACCACAUUUAAGUUAAAAUAUAUCAUAUUAUUAAUUUUAACCCAAAACUCAAGAAUACAAAUGUCAGUUACAAGCUUAAUUCCAACAAAAUGAUUUAAUUCUAACUUAAAUAAACUAGCUUGCUUGACCGCCGGCUGACUUAAAUAAACUAGCUUUUCUUGUUGAUCAUUAGCCUUCUUCUCCUCUGAACCUAUGUAGCUUGUUUUCUAAAGAUUUUGAUCCACGCACUCUCCUUGAAUUUCAACUACAUCUUCUGUGGACUCAUAUCUUUCCUUCUCUCUAUUCUCAGAGUCUUGUUUUAUUCCAGAAUCAUCAAAGCUUGGACAAAUCGAAUGUAACUUCACGUUGAUCCACUGAAAAAUCUUGUUCGUAAGAGUUUGGUGUUGAAGUAACAUCUAGUGCUUCGCCAUUGGUUUCUUAGAGCAUGAUUAUUGCAAAGACCCAUAUUAGGGGUUCUUAUUAUUUUUUAAUGCUUUUAAGUACAAAAAGUGAUUUAAGAGACAAAUUUAAGAAACCCUAACAUUUAAUUGCUCCAUUGCAAGGUUCUUACAACAUUACUUUCACUCUUCUUAUUUGAUCUUCUUUAGCCAAUGUUGUUCCAAUGUCAAAGACGAUGAAACAGAAACAAGAAAACCUCAAUAAAAUGAAUCAAUAACCAGAACCUUGAAACAUGAAACAAAACAACAAAGCAUAUCAUUCUCAUUACUCAAACAGAACAAGAACAUUAACAUGAAACAGAGACAGAAUAAGCAAAACAACGUGUAGUUCCCCGUACGUCUUGUGCAGCAUUGUAAUUCUUCACGGAAUCAGUAGUAAAAGUUAUUUAUUAAACCGUUCUAACAGUAGUAAACAAACAUCCAGGUGCUGUGAAAAAAAUCUAUCAAUUGAAACAA